AUUUGCUCCUUCUCACCAUUUCCAUAAAUCUGAAAAAUACCGGAGGAAAUGCUAAUGUUUUACUUACAUUACACACAAUGAUAGCUUCUGAAGACAAACAGAAGCAAUGAAGUUCCCUAACAUUCGUUUUCGUCACUCUAGCAUUCACUUAUCCCACGUUCCCAAAUGCACCUUUGUACCCUACAUCUCUACCAAAUCCCAAACCCACUUUUUGUCCUCAUUGCCACCGGUUUGCUCCGAAACCUUCCGAAUCAUUGCCCCAAAAUCCAGGUUGCUCGGUCCCCUGUUCGCAAAACGGGUCGGGCUUUUGACAUCAAUUUUACCCGGUGGAAGCUGGUGGGCCUUGCCGGAGCUCCGGGAAGACGGCGUGGAGCCAACGGCGGCGUUGAUUGCUCUCCGGCGAAUAUGGGAAUUGGUCGCCGAUGAGCGAUGGGUCGCGUUUGUGGCGGUUGGGUCCCUUGUUAUUGCUGCUCUUUCAGAGAUCUCCAUGCCAAGUAUAUUGGCAGCAUCAAUAUUUUCAGCACAGAGUGGUGAGACUGUGGUGUUCUCUAGGAAUGCACUGUUUUUACUUCUUUUGUGUGUAACUUCAGGGAUAUGCAGCGGCCUACGAUGUGGCUGCUUUGGAAUUUUGAAUGUAACCUUGGUAAAGCAUCUACGAGAAAACUUAUAUGCAACAAUUCUUUUUCAGGACAUCUCCUACUUUGAUAAAGAAAGAGUUGGUGACUUGACAAGCAGGCUCACAGCAGAUUGUCAACGAUUAUCCCAUGUAAUAGGAAAUGAUCUUCAGCUGAUAUUACGCAACACUUGUCAGGGGACUGGAGCAAUACUUAAUUUGAUGGUUUUAUCUUGGCCUCUAGCAUUAUCUGCCUUGGUGAUUUGUUCUAUUUUAUCUGCAAUUUUUCUUGUUUAUGGCCAGUAUCAGAGAAAGGCUGCAAAGUUAAUCCACGAUUUCACAGCUUGUGCAAAUGACGUUGCUCUGGAGACACUUUCUUCAGUAAGAACUGUACGAGCUUAUGGAACAGAAAAAAGAGAAUUUGGAAGUGAUAUGGCACCUCCGCGUAGAACUCCUCAAUCUUCUCAGGGCGACGUACCAGAUAUCGCGAGGGCGAUAGAAGCUAUGGUGACGGCUAUGACUUAGCAGAGUAACGCUAUGAUGCAACAACAUGAGGCGUCGAUGUAGCGCUAGGCGACAUCGUUGGAGCAGCAACAACUAGUGAUGUAGCAAAAGGAGGCUGCAAGAGUAGCUGCUGAAGAUGCCCAUAGGCAGCAUAUGGAGGCCCUCCGCCAAUUGGAGGAGAACUGGGUAGCUACCCCUGUUUUCGGCCCUAAGCCACGACCUCCAGUCCGAGAGUGGAGCUUGGAGGACUUUUUGAAGCACCAUCCAGUGAAGUUUAGCGGCAAGACCAGUUGUCGCAGAUCAAUGGCUAAAAGAUAUGGAGAGGAUCUUUGAUGUGAAGAUGUGCCCUGCGGAGAAUAAAUUUGCUUUUGCAAUAUACAUGCUCACUGGGGAAGCAGAAAAUUGGUGGAUCAGCAUGAAAUCCAUCAUGGAAGAAAGGGAGGAACCAGUCACUUGGGAGGCCUUCAGGGGGAAGUUCCUCUCUGAAUAUUUUCCAAAUAGCGUGAAGUACGCCAAGGAGGUGAAAUUCCUCCAGUUAACCCAGAGGGGAAGUUUGUAAUUGAAUAUGCUGAGAAGUUCAAGCACCUCAGCUGCUUUUACACUAUGCCACUUGAUGAGGAAUGGAGAUGCCGGAAAUUUGAGAACGACCUUAGGGGAGACAUUCGUCUGAUGGUUGCCCCACUGUCCAUCAAGGAUUUUGCUGCCUUGGUGGAAUAGGCCAGAGUUAUGGAAAAGAUGAAAGUUGAGGUGGAAACUCAACGCCCGCAACAUCAGAGGAUUGGUGGACCAUUUGGGUCCAAACUAAGGCAUGAAGAGAGAAGGAAACCGUAUGAUAGGCCCCACCCUCAGUCUUAGGGGUCUAGGGGUUUCUCUUCCUUGCAGAACAGGGUACAGUACUUCCGGUGUGGAGGCCCUCAUCUGAGGAGUGUGUGCCUUCAAAUGGAAGGCUUCAAAAGAUGCAACAACUGUAGUAAGGAAGGCCACUUUGGUAAGGAUUGUCCCACCCUUGCAAGGGCGGUGGCAUGGCCUCCAGUUUAGAUUCCUGCGCAGAAUCAACAGAGGAGAGGAGGCAACAGGCCUCAGGCACAAACAUAGUUUAUGCCAUGACAAAAGCAGAGGCAGCAGACUCAGGUAACCUUGUUAUGGGUAGUUGCAUGAUUGCUGGUGAAUCUUUGUGUGUAUUGUAUGAUCAUGGAGCAACACACUCUUUUGUGUCAGAAACUUGUGUAUAAAGAUUAGGUCUGUCGAUGUGUGAGCUGCAGUGUGAAUUUGUGGUAUCUACUUUGACAUCGGGUUUGGUCAGGACAUCGUCCUUGUGUGCUAGAUGUCCAGUGGAGGUAGAAGAGCGUAGAUAGAAGGUGAAUUUGAUAUGUCUACUUGUACAAGAGUUGGAGGUAAUCUUGGGGAUGGAUUGACUUUCUGCCAAUCGCAUUCUUAUAGAUUGCCGAGAGAAGAGGUUGUUGUUCCCGAACUCAGAGGAGUAUGAGUUGUUAUCGUCUCAAGGGGUUAUGAAGGAGAUACAAGAUGACGCGCAAUGCUACAUAAUCUUCACGCAUCUGGAGGUGAAGAAGGAAGAAAGGACGUCUGUUAUACCAGUUGUGCACGAGUUUCCGGAGGAAGUACCAGGGUUGCCUCCCAGUAGGGAGUUGAAUUUCCCUAUUGAUCUGGUGCCAGGAACCAGUCUAGUGUCGAUGGCUCCAUAUCGUAUUACUCUGGUAGAACUGGUAGAGCUCAAGAGUCAGAUAGUGGAGUUAUUGGGGAAACAGUUCAUAAGGCCCAAUACUUUGCCAUGGGGAGCACCAGUGUUGCUGGUGAAGAAGAAUGGGAGUUCACAUCUGUGUAUGGACUAUAGGCAGCUAAACAAGAUGACGAUGAAGAAUAAGUACCCUCUCCCUAGAAUAGAUGAUCUAAUGGAUCAGUUACAUGGAGCAUCGGUAUUCUCGAAGAUUGAUUUGUAGUCGAGAUACCAUCAAAUACUAGGGAAGGCAGAUGAUGUGCAGAAGAUAACCUUCAGGUCUCGAUAUGGCCACUUUGAGUACGUGGAUAUGUCUUUUGGUGUGACCAAUGCUCCGGUUGUGUUUAUGGACUACAUGAAUAGGAUUUUCAGACCCUUCUUGGUAACAUACUCAUCUAUUCCAAGACUCAGGAGGAGCAUGUGGAACACCUGAGAUUGGUGCUUGGUAUUCUGAGAGAGAAACAACUGUAUGCUAAACUGUCCAAGUGCAAGUUCUAGAUGGAUGAAGUACAGUUUUUGGGCCAUGUGAUAUCCGCACAGGGCAUAGCGGUGGAUCCAAUGAAAGUGGACGCAGUGGUUAAGUGGGAAAGUCCCAAGUCAACAACAAAGAUUACGAGCUUCAUGGGUUUAGCCAGCUACUAUAGGAGAUUCAUAGAAGGAUUCUCCAAAAUAGUGGCGCCUCUAACACAUCUUACUCGAAAGGACCAACCUUUCACUUGGACGGAUAAGUGUGAGGAGAGCUUUCAAGAGCUAAAGUGAAGGUUGACGAGUGCUCCGAUACUUGUGAUCCCUGAUGUUGGUAAAUCCUUUGAAGUUUACUGUGAUGCCUCUCAUCUAGGUUUGGGCUGUGUGUUCAUGCAAGAGAAUAAAGCUGGCAUAUGCUUCGAGGCAGCUUAAGGUGCAUGAGAGAAACUACCCCACUCAUGACCUAGGGUUGGCAACUAUAGUGUUUGCCUUGAAGAUCUGGAGGCACUAUCUGUAUGGUGCUCAGUUUCGUGUAUUCAGUAAUCACAAGAGUCAAAUAUUUAUUCGAUCAGAAUGAGUUGAACAUGAGACAGAGGAGGUGGAUGGAAUUCUUGAAGUACUAUGAUUUCGAACUACUAUAUCAUUCGGGGAAGGCAAACUUGGUAGCAGAUGUCUUGAGUAGGAAGACAGUGCAUACUGCACACGUUAUGAUCAAGGAGGUGGAGCUGCUGGAGAAAUUCAGAGACAUGAAGCUGCAGGUUGAGUUGGGAUCAGAGUUCAUUAGGUGUAGUACUCUGACUAUAUCUAGUGACUUCUUGAACUCAGUUAAAGAAAGACAGUUGUUGGAUGCUAAUUUGAAAAGAGUAGUGGAACAACUUGAAUCAGAUGAAGCAAAGGAUUUUGCCUUGAGAAAUGAUGGUGUAUUAAGAUUCCAGGGUAGAGUGUGUGUGCCUGACGAUGCUGAAGUGAAAAGGUUAAUUCUUGAGGAAGAGAGUCGUCUUAGUUUGCAUCCUAGCAUGACUAAGAUGUACCAGGAUCUCAAGGAAACCUUCUGGUAGCAAGGUAUGAAGAAAGAUGUGACACAGUUUGUGUCUACUUGUGUGACGUGUCAGAAGGCGAAGGUAGAACAUCAAAGACCCGGUGGAAUUCUACAACCUUGGACAUACCGGUGUGGAAAUGGGAUAGCAUAGCUAUGGACUUUGUAACUCAUUUGCCACGGACCUUUAGAGGCCACGAUGCGAUCUAGGUUGUGGUGGACCGUUUGACCAAGAGUGCUCAUUUCUUGGCAAUGAAUCUGAGGAUGUCUAUGGCCAAGUUGACCCAGUUGUACAUCAAAGAGAUUGUGAGGUUGCAUGAAAUACCUUCGAGCAUUGUUUCAGAUAGAGAUCCGCACUUCACGGUUUUGGCAGACUUUGCAGAGUGCCUUCGGUAGCAAACUAACCAUGAGUUCAGCCUAUCAUCCCUAGACCGAUGGUCAGUCUGAGAGGACGAUUCAGUCGCUUGAGAAUCUAUUUAGGAUAUGGGUGCUGGAUCAUCUGAGUUCUUGCGAUGAAGUCCUACCUUUGAUAGAGUUCACCUACAAAAACAACUUUCAUGCGAGCAUUGGCAUGACGCCAUAUGAAGCUCUUUAUGGUAGGAAAUGUAGGACUCCUCUGUGUUGGUAUCAAGAUGGGAAAGCAGUGCUUGUUGGACCAGAGUUGUUAAAACAGACUACAGAGAAGGUGAGAAUGGUGAGAGAUAGGAUGCAGGCAUCUCAGAGUAGACAGAAGACAUAUGCAGACCGCAGGAGGAGACCUUUGGAAUUCGCGGCGGGAGAUCACGUGUUCUUGAGGGUGACCCGAACCACGGGUGUGAGAAUGGUUCUCCGCUCAAGGAAGCUUUCUCCUAAGUUCUUUGGCCCUUACCAGAUCUCGAGGAGGAUUGGGCCGGUGGCUUAUGAGAUUGCUUUGCCUCCUUAGCAAAUCUCCAUCUGGUGUUCCAUGUGUCGCAGCUGAGGAAGUAUGUGUUUGAUCCGUCUCAUGUGUUGAAAGUACCACCCGUUGCUUUAGAGGAUAGUCGAGUUGAGGAACGUCGGGGAAAACCAGUCAGUCUCAUCAAAGUCAUCUGGAAUCGAAGGAUAGAUGACUCUACUUGGGAGUUAGAGAAGGAUAUGAGGAAGUCACAUCCACAUGUUUUCCUAGUACAAGCAGUGGCUACAAAGCUUAGCACUUAUUACUCUUCGACAGAAUAUGGUUUCAGGGCUUUGGGACCUAAUAUUUAGC